AUGGGCACACCAAGGCGUGUCCAGGCGGCCGAAGAAGGAGAAGAGGUGGAUGGUGUGCAGCAGCAGUCUGUACAGGGUCCCCCAUUUAGCAACUCUAAAAUCCAUAAUAUCUAUGUUGUGGAGGUGGCUCAGUCUCGAGGAAAGGAAAACCCCACUGCUUACUUUUCCAGCCAGUCCUAUACUGAUGAAACGAGUCCAAGGACCACUCAUCCCCUAGCAGCAGAUUGCAAUUACGCGGACUCAAGCUGGGUGCCAAACGGAAGGAUCUCCACCCAGACCAGACUAAAGAAAAAGUCCCAGCCAAUCGACAUGAGCUCUCAAGGAUUUAGCAAUCCAAUGGCAGUUGAGGAUUCAACAUUCCAAACUGGUAAAGUCCUGCCUGUCCUCAAAACAACCGCUUCAGAGGAGGAGAAGAUAAAUGCUGCCAACACACAGAGACGUAACACUAGACGGACUGAACUCAAAAGAUAUUAUACUAUUGAUGCUGAGCAGCAAAAAACCCAGGAGAAGAAGGAUGUCCGUCGGAUGUCUUUCCAGAAGCCCAAGGGAACUAUUGAAUACACAGUUGAAUCAAGGGACUCUUUGAAUAGUAUUGCGCUCAAAUUUGACACUGCACCUAAUGAGCUGGUACAGCUGAAUAAACUGUUUGCCAGAGCAGUUGUUCCAGGCCAGACUCUUUAUGUUCCUGAUCCAGAAUACGUUUCCAGUGUGGACAGUUCACCAUCAUUGAGUCCAGUCAGCCCUUUGUCACCAACUUCUUCAGAAACAGAGUUUGAGAAACCUAUGAGGAGACCACAUUGUGAGCAGCAAAUGCAGUCGACUAAAUUCAGAGAAGUGCAAGUGAACUCUUGCUUCACCUGGAAGGAUGUGGAACAUGCUCACCUCAAAGACUCGAGCUGCUCACCAAUACACAGCUGCAGCCGGUCGUCAAAGUCCGAGGAUGAGGAGGCCUUCACUGAGAAGUUUCUUAAAAUUACAUGCCGAUACAUCACUGAUGGAAAGGGUGCUGUCAGUGGAGUACUUCUUGUGACACCAAACAACAUUAUGUUUGAUCCUCUCAAACAUGAUCCUCUAAUAAAGGCGUGGGGCUGUGAGGAAUAUGGCAUCAUGUGUCCCAUGGAGGAGGUCCUUUCAGCAGCCAUGUACAGUGACAUUUUGGACAAUAAAGUCAAAGAGUCUUUGCCUGUAGAACCAGAAUGUCCUGGAUCAAUCAAAGAUGCAAACCAGUUAGAUGAAAGAGCAAGAAACAAUGCUGUUGAAGAUGACUUCAAACAACAAGACCCAGGGAAUGAUAGCAUAAGCGCAGCUCCCAGUAGCACAAAGCAUUCCUUGUCUGAAGAUGUGUUCACUGAAUCUGAACUCUCCCCAAUCAGAGAAGAACUGGCCUCCUGUGAUGAGUUUAGACAAGAUAAGUCAUCUGGACCCUCAUUAAAGUCUGUGCAAACCAUGAACCAGUCUGUAAGGGAAAGCUGCCUCCAAUCUGCAUCUGCAGAACCGUUGGAAGUGAAAGUGACCAAGCAAGUUAGUGCUGAAAGUCUGUUGCGUCAUGAUGGUCAUGAACUGAUUGAAAUGAAGGGAAGUGGAAACCCGGAGAUGGAAAUCUCCAAAAACAAACAUCACCCCGAUGAUGAUGGUCAUGCUGCACAUCAAGGUGAGGAGGAACAACAAGCCACUUGUUGUGACCACAAAGAUGCUGAAGCUGAAGGAUUGGGCAUCAAGUGCAGAGCAACUCAGCGUACUUCUGUUUCUGACUCAUCAGGGAUCUGCAAGAAGGAGAAUACUGAUCAGUCUAGGAGAGCAGGCGAAGAGCUUGUUCCAGAUUCUGCAAAUGACAUGGAAGGACUCCAAAAACUGUGGAAAAGCCAUGCUCUGCAACAGAGGGAAACAAUGCAACAUGCAGCCAACAAAGACAUCAAGCCAAAAACUGGGCAAGCUGCAGAAAGAUCUGGAGAAGGUAGUGCCAUACCAAAAGAGAAAAAGUGGAAUCGAUCACACAGGUUCUUAUGUUUGAGAGUUGGGAAGCCCAUGCGGAAGACGUUUGUAUCAGUAGCAAGUGCAUCAAUGCAGCAGUAUGCCCAGAGGGACAGAAAGCAUGAGUACUGGUUUGCAGUACCACAGGAAAGGGCUGAGCAUCUAUAUGCCUUCUUUGUGCAAUGGUCUCCAGAAUUGUAUGGCGAUGAAACUGGAGAGUUGGUGAAGCAGCAAGGAUUCAUGGUCAUCACAAAGAAUGACAAGUCAAAAAUGAAUGAGAAUUCCAACAAUAUCCCAUCGCUGGCAGACUGGGAGCUCCCAAAGGAGCUACCUGACGACCCAUUCUCCAGCCCUACCUUUAUAGCCAACUAA